UCCAUAUGUGUGACCGAAAACGGUCGGUUACAUUGAUUUACGAUCGUUUACGUCCUUGUAAACUGUCGUCUUCGUCAAAAUACGGCCGUGUUACGGCAAAGAUUUUGAUGUAAACGAUUGUGGUUUGUCGCCGUAUACGACACGGUCUCACACGACCGUAAUACGGCGCAUACCAAACGGGUUAUUUACGGCCCGUAUACGGUCGUAAUUUCGACGGAUACGGCCGUUCGCGUCAUCGUAAACGACUGUGUACGGCCGUUUACGGGCACAGUAAUGUUCGACCUGGGUAAGAAAUAUGAUCUUAGAUGUGAUAUCCGAAUGCAAUUUAUAGAAACCUGUGAUAACCUUGAGUAUGUAAAUACAAACAUUAAUACAUGUAGCAAAUAAACCUUAACGUCUUUACCUAUUUCAUCCAAAUUAAUUUUUGACAUGAAAAAAACAAACUUCUAGUUUCAUAUGGUAUCUCUAAAUGAACAGUAGCUAUUUUUCGCACACUUUAGAAAAUUAGAUAAUUGAUCUGACCACGGUGAUCGAAUAUCUUGCGAAGUUAGGUUAUUAGUCCAUUCAUUGAUUAUCCGGUCUCUAUCAUAAUGAACAAUAGAAUCAUACACAUCGUUUUAAUUAUGUUAGAGACGUUUUGUGAACUCUGUUCAUAUCAUUAGCCAAAAAAAUUAUAAAAAUAGUCGCAGAAAAUACUAAUAAAACAAAAAAACACGUAACAGAACAAAAAAAAAAUAAUCCAAUAAACUUGAACAUUCGAAUUACUACUUUGUUUAUUAGUAUUUUUUAACUACUUUUAUAAUUUUGUUUUGAUAGAUAAUAUGAAGUGAGUUCAUGAAACGUCUCUAACAUGAUCAAAACGAUGUCUAUGAUUCUUUCAUUCAUUAUGAAAUAUUCUCAUCGAUUGAUGUUAAUAUAAAAGUCUCUUUCAAUUUGUAGUACCAAAUUGUGACUCGACUUUGAAGUAAUCAAUAAUAUCUAUCAUAGCUGACUUUUCUUGCGUAACAUUGAAUUUUGAUGUUUUUUAUAGAUAAAUUUAUUCUUGUUUUUACCUAAAAAAUCUUCUGUAUUUAUGUUACAGGUGAAUGGAGUGCUGAGCACAAUAUUGUCGUUUAUCCAUUUAUUCGUAACAAUUUAACACUUCGUACUCAUAGUGCAUACCUCGAUGCAGCAAGAGAAGCACAAAAGAAGUCAACUAAUGGCAAAGUCGUUACAGUUGAAGGCAUCAAAGGCCUAUCUACUUUAUUACAGGUCUUCGAAUAUCCUCGUCAAAUUGUAUUUGAUUACAUGCAUCUUAUAUGUCUGGGUCAUUUGCCAUCUGUUAUCAAACGUUGGUGCCAAAAUAUUGAUGAAUCAACUAUACGUUCAAUUGAUGCUUCACUAAGUCAGCUUCGUUUACCACACAAUCUGAACGUACCUUUUUUGGAUUCAAUGGUAAAUGUCGGACAUUGGAAAGCAAAAAACGGUCGUUUAUUUGUAUUGAAUGUCGGAGUACCUAUUGUUACAUUGCAUCUUCCAAGACUUUUGGCAUCUCACUUCUUACUCUAUUCGAUGGCGGUGAAAAUUCUUCAUGCUCCUGAGUCCAUCGAUGAAAUUAAUUUGGGCGAACAAAUUAUGAAUUAUUAUUGUAAAACUGCUCCUCUUGUACAUGAUCCAUCGGUGGAACUCUUCUCACUUCAUGCUCAUAUUCACCUUGCGCAACAAGUGAGACGUCAUGGUGGACUUGGACAUACCUCUGCUUUUGCCUUCGAAUCUUGUAUUCGUUUUAUUGAGAGAAAAGCUCAUGGCAGCAAACAUCUUGGUGCACAGAUUUCAUACUGGAUUGAUCUUCAAACGAUGAUGCAAAAUGAACUUGUCAAGGCUCCAACACUGGCAAUUAAUAAUGUAAAUAUACUGAUUCUCCGAAAUUUUUCACUUUCGUAA